AUGUCUCUGCGAAGCAACCAUGACAGGAUCAAACACGAGGAGCUGAAGAGACUGGUCACGUACCUGUCUACCGUGCCCAGCGAGGACGUGUGUAAGCGGGGCUUCACGGUCAUCAUGGAUAUGCGGGGGUCCCGCUGGGAGCUGAUCAAGCCGCUGCUGAAGACCCUGCAGGAGGCUUGCUCCCAGAUAUGCGUGGCACUCAUCAUCAAACCAGACAACUUCUGGCAGAAGCAGAAGACCAACUUUGGCAGCUCCAAGUUCUCCUUUGAGCUGACGGAGGACUUCGAGGGCUCACUGGACUACAACCACGACGAAUGGAUGGACCUCCGCGUGGCACUGGAGGAGUUCAUCUGUAGCGCCGCCCACCUGCUAGCCCGGCUGGAGGAGCUGCAGGAGCUCCUGUGUAAGAAGGACUUCCCGCUGGACGUAGAAGGAUCUCGGCGCCUCAUCGAGGAUCACACCCUGCUCAGGAAGAAGGUCCUGAAGGCUCCGGUGGAGGAGUUGGACCAGGAGGGCCAGCGUCUCCUCCAGUGUAUCCGCUCCAGUGAUGGCUUCUCUGGGAGGAACUGCAUCUCUGGCUCGGCUGACUUCCAGAGCCUGGUUCCCAAGGUGGCCAGUCUGCUGGAUAAGCUCCACUCCACCCGCCAGCACCUCCACCAGAGCUGGAGCUCCAGGAAGCUCAAGCUGGACCAGUGCUUCCAGCUCCGCCUCUAUGAGCAGGAUGCAGAGAAGAUGUUUGACUGGGUCAGCCACAACAAGGAGGUGUUCCUGCAGAACCACCAGAGAUUGGCGUGGGCUACCAGCACGCCGUGGAGCUCCUGACCCAGCACAACCACUUCGCUAUGAACUCCAUGGUGAGCAUCGGGGACACAACACAACACCACAACAUCUGGCCAGGACAAACCAGGAGCCGCAACGCCACAACAUCUGGCCCACCAUUUCUAAUAUCACCCAGA